UGCACCGGGUUAACACCAGGCUCACCACACGAAGGGAGGGCUGCGGGGAUCAAGAUGCACUUUCAGAGCUUCACACCCAUCCUGCUACUGCAGCUGACUUUCUGCGCCGUGCUGCACGGUGCCAAAUGGACAUACAGUGGGCCAGAGGGAGAGCACCACUGGCCAAAGCAUUAUCCAUAUUGUGGUGGAGCUUUCCAGUCUCCAAUAAACAUCAAGACAGAGCUGCUGAGGUUCGACCCUACUUUACGCCCAAUUGAGGUGCAAAACUACAACCUGUCGCCCAGUGAGCAGCUCACUCUUGGAAAUAAUGGACAUUCUGUGCAAAUAUCGCUGCCCUCCAAGAUGUACAUCUCCAGCCUGCCUCAUCGUUACACUGCGGCUCAGCUCCACUUCCACUGGGGCUCCUCUGGCAGACCAGCAGGCUCUGAACACACGGUCAACAGUAAGCAGUAUGCAGCAGAGAUGCACGUAGUGCACUUCAAUUCAGACAAGUAUCCCAAUAUGUCCUCGGCCGUAGACAAAUCUGACGGCCUGGCUGUGCUGGGUGUCCUGAUCGAGAUUGGAGAGUUCAAUCCGGCGUUUGAGCAGUUUCUGAAGUUCAUCAAUGGUAUCAAAUACAGGGAUCAGAGAGUGCAGGUGCCCGGUUUCAACAUCAGAGCCCUGCUGCCCGCACGUUUGGAUGAGUAUUAUCGCUACGACGGGUCGCUGACGACUCCUCCGUGCUAUCCCAGCGUCCUGUGGACGGUGUUCAGGAAUCACGUCACAAUAUCUCGCAAACAGUUUCUGGCCCUGGCUACUGCCCUCUACUCCUCCCAUGCCCAGGACUCAGCCCCUGUGCCUCUGAACGGCAACUACAGAAAACCGCAGCUCGCUGACAGCCGAGUCGUGCUGGUAUCUUUUAAAGAGGGCAGAGGACUGCAAGGUAUUCCCACAGUCACGUCUCCACUCACGAGGAAGCGAAUCGUUCAGCAGCUGCUGGUUGGCGACCUAGCAGACCUGGCUGAUGAAGGGCUCUAUCAGCUGCUACCGAGCGGCUUAGAGAAGCCCCACGCUGGCAAGAAGAAAGACCUCAAGAAUCAGCAGAGUGCGACUCUGGCCAAAUCCAAACAACAAACACUGAAUCCAUCCCCGUCGAAGAAAAGCCAGACCAACCACAUUGUGGGAAAGUUAGGGCUGGCUGAAGACGCACUGUGCUACGUCUCGCUGGAGCAGAGGCUUUUCCAUCAACUCAAACAGUCUCACGCCGAGACCCAGCUGGUUCAGGCUCUCAGGGACGCAGUUUUCCCCGAGCUCAACGUCAAGAGCUACCUGGAGUGCAAGUCAGACCUAGCGCUCCCCGCCAUCAGGCAUAUCCUCCGCGGACGGCCGCCGACAGAUGAGGCGUUCGAGUUAGAUCGCUCUCUGUCGAAAGCCUUGAUGAAUCAGAGGAAGACUUCCACAGCAAUCAAACAAAGUGUGCCAGAUACAAAGUAUGGUGGUGUCGCCCCUGCUUCUGUUCCCAGGAAACCACACAGCCAGGGUUAUCCACAUCCUUGGCUUUUGCCAAUGGAGUGGGAAGACUAGAGAGAUUCCUGACAUAGUUGAGUCUCACAUUAUGUCACUUUAUGUAGCAAUCGUCAGCUGUGUGUCCCACAAUGAAAGACUAAUUUUCAAGCCAAGCCCUGCAUUCCUUUGACUAAUCUUUCUCAGAAAUGUAUUUAAUAUUAAAUUAUUCCUUCCAGUAUGUGCACAUAAUUAUAAUAUAGUUUCUACCAGUAGACUGUAGUAUGAGUUGAUUUACUGUAGUUAUUGUUUUUGCAACAUACGCCUAUGCAUAACCAGCCAGUGGCUGCACUUAGUACUGUAAACAGAUUCUCAAACAUUAAAUCGAGUUUAAUGUGUAGAUCUUUGUCAUAAAAAUACGCAAAAAUAAGAAACUUUUACUUUUUCCAAAGUGCUUUCGGCCUGUUUGCAUAUUUUUGCCUUUUCGUACAAUACUUCAGAAUAAACUGCUAUAAAGCACAUAUUUCAUGCUUGGAAAUCUAUACUGUACAUCAAACUACAUGUUUUUUUUAUAGUUGUGGUGUCCACAAAGUUCAGUUAUAUAGUAUGGAAUCUGUGGAGCUAUACUAGUAAUUACUGUCUGGCACUAUAUAGAGAUGCAUUUAAACCAAAAGAAUCUGCAAGAGCUUAAGCCCCUUACGUCACAUCCCUGUCUUCGGUCACAAUUUGUUCUUGCCAUUUAUAAUAAGUAAGAAGACACUGUACUGUACAUAGGGAACUAU